GCUGCUCGCCUGUGGUUGGCAUGGCUGCGUCUUCGAGUGGCGAGAAGGAGAAGGAGCGACUGGGAUGCGGCUCGGGAGCCGCGGGCGGUAACAGCACGCGAGAGCGGCUGUUGUCAGCGCUUGAAGAUCUGGAGGUCUUGUCAAGGGAACUUAUAGAAAUGCUGGCAAUUUCGAGAAACCAAAAGUUGUUACAGCCAGGAGAAGAAAACCAGGUCCUGGAAUUGUUAAUUCACCGAGAUGGGGAAUUUCAAGAACUAAUGAAAUUGGCACUUCAUCAAGGAAAAAUUCACCAUGAAAUGCAAGUUUUAGAAAAAGAAGUAGAGAAGAGAGACAGUGAUAUUCAGCAACUACAAAAACAGCUAAAGGAAGCAGAACAAAUACUGGCAACAGCUGUUUACCAAGCAAAAGAGAAACUCAAGUCAAUAGAAAAAGCAAGAAAAGGUGCUAUCUCCUCUGAAGAAAUAAUUAAGUAUGCACAUAGGAUUAGUGCAAGUAAUGCCGUGUGUGCCCCACUGACCUGGGUUCCAGGGGACCCACGGAGACCAUACCCAACUGAUUUAGAGAUGAGAAGUGGGUUAUUAGGUCAAAUGAACAAUCCUUCUACUAAUGGUGUCAAUGGUCACUUACCAGGGGAUGCACUUGCAGCAGGCCGACUACCAGAUGUCCUUGCUCCACAGUAUCCAUGGCAGUCAAAUGAUAUGUCAAUGAAUAUGUUACCACCAAAUCACAGUAAUGACUUUUUGUUGGAACCUCCUGGGCAUAAUAAAGAAAAUGAAGAUGAUGUGGAGGUUAUGUCAACGGACUCCUCAAGCAGCAGUAGUGACUCUGAUUAAAAAAACAUAAAAGAGUACAGAACUGAAUACUGUGGAAUUCUGUUUCUUAAACAAUAGCAGGGAAAUGUAAACUGCAAAUGUAUAAAGAAUAGCCAGGUAAAUAUUGGCAAUGGUGGAAUUGUGCAGCCCAUUGAAAAUCAAAGUGAACUUACUUUUUAAAGUCAAAAAUCAUGGUUUCAGUGAUAAUCCACUAGGCAAAUAUUUGGAGAAUAGUCAAAAUUUACUGUGAAAAAAAGAUUAUUUGUUCAGUGCUGUCUUAACCCUGUUCUGUUCCAGUUGUGCUGCAUUUGUACAACUGUUUAAAUAGUUCUGGAGAUAAGAUUUGAGGGAAGCGACCCAUGUAUAUGUACGUACCACUAAUUGGCUCCCUGGAAUUAUUUAGAAAAGCAUUUUUAAAAAAGGCAGUGGCUUACUGAAUAUGUGUCAUGUUUAAAAUAACAAAAACCUUCAUUUGAAAGUGAAGUCUCUUGGCUUCCAUUACAGGAACAGGGGAGAGAUUGUCUAAAUUUAUACUGUUUGUAAUUAUUGUAAUUUUUGUAAAUAAAUUGACUUCUGUUUGUACUUUG